UUCCUUUACUUUUCUUCCCUCUUUCCUCUUUCCUUCAUCGUCAAUAAAGCUCAUUUGAUUUAUCAAUCCCUCUCCACUACUUCUCUCGUAUUUAUCCAUUCUUCUCCCAUUAUGCAAGCAAUCAAGCAACUCAAGUUUCAACUACUUGAGUUUCAGUAAUUUCUUUACUAACCAUUACUCUCUCACCAGUACCUUAGCCAUUCUUCUUAUGGCAGCCCUUUGUUCCAACCGGAAUAAGUUAAUCCAGGAGCUUCUUCAAGGCCGGAAGUUUGCCAACCAGCUCCAGGUUCUUCUUCAUGAUGAACACAAACCCUUUCAACAACAACAACAAGAAGAUGGGCUUGUUUCAUCUCGUCAACAGGAGCUUGUUCUCAAGAUCUUGAGAUCUUUCACUGAGACUCUUUCUGUCCUAAGUUCCUGUACUACUACUAAGGUUGCUGUUUCUGAUAAUAGUGAUCUUCUGCCUAAUAAUUCUCUCAAUGAUUCACCUUGUACGGAUGACCGGCGAUUGGAAGAUUCCGGCGAGAGCAAAAAACGGCCGGCUGGUUCCACUUACAGGAGAGGUUGUUACAAGAGAAAGAAGGAUUUAGAGACAUGGAGAAAAGUCUCUUCCACCUUAGAAGAUGGUCACGCUUGGAGGAAAUAUGGGCAAAAGGAGAUCCUCAAUGCUAAGCACCCAAGGAAUUACUAUAGGUGCAAACACAAGUAUGAUCAAGGUUGCAGAGCAACAAAACAAGUUCAAAGAAUGGAAAAUCAUCCAGAAUUGUACGAGAUAACAUACAUAGGCAGCCAUACUUGCCAAGAUUUACUCACUGCUCCAAAAUUCAUCACAGAUUCUGAUCUUCCUUGGGAAACAAAAAUAAAGGAAGAAUGUAAGGAAGAGACUACACAAAGUGAUGAUAUAUCUGAAAACUUAUCAUCUUUGGAUUCAGCUGUGUGGGAUGAUCUAAUUCCCUUUGAAUCAUCUGAUCCUACUGCUGCUGCAAUUUCUACAGUGUACUCAAGUAAUAAGAUGCCUUGUGAUAGCUUUGAGAUAGAUUUUUGCAGAGAAUUUGGCUUUGAUGAGAGUGAAUUCCUUCUUAGCUAGCUAGUUUAGUAACAGCAGAGACAAGGGCUUUCCUUGCAUGUAUAUGUAUGUUAGUUUUUAUGGAAUAAGUGCAGCCACGAAUUCCAUUUUUUUUUU